AUGGCCUCUUGGUACGAGCUGAGCACUAGUUCCGUAUCUACCCAGGGCUCCAGCUGGCCAGCUACCAAGUCUACACUUGCUCUCCUAGCCUCAAGGACCAAUGCGAUUAUCGGCCUCUUGCCUGCGUCCCGCCUCGGCUCCUCUUCCACUCGUCUUUUCCCAACAUCCCUUACUAGUGGCUCAUCGGCUCACCUUUUAUGCUCGACCCGGGCAGCACCCCCGACUGCGCCAGUUAUGCCGGUUACCUAG